ACUCUGCACCCUUCCGUCAUCGGAGUAUCGUUAGACUCACGUAUUGUUGCUUGCUCUGCUUUUGAGUUUCAUGCCGCGCUCCUCCCGGAGCAUCCCAUUCCGGCAGCUUUUAUUGCGGCACCUGAGUAGGUUAAUUAGUAUAUGUGCAAUCUCUAGUUGCGCAUUCGGUUAUCCGUUGUGUCGUUGAACUUGGUCUGACGCGGUGUAGAUCUUUCCUUCAGGAGAUUUAUUUGUUGUAAGGCAGGUUGUAUUUUGUAUUUCAGCCGUUCUUUCUGAGGUGUAGUUGACGUGUGUGUUUUUCCUUCCUUAUUUUACCUCUCAUGGCGCUCGAAGCUUUUUUUUAUUGUGGUGAAUUAAUGGGAUGAGGACGAUCCGUUGACGAGGUUCUCCUUCGUGCUGUGUUUCAAUGUAUAAGUCUGUUUUGCAGCGUGGUUUCGUUGUAUUGUUUUUAUUUUUAUUUUCUCUUUGUGAUUCGGAGCAAUGAUGCCCAGGUGGUUUCCUGCUGCGGUUGAGGUUUUUCUUCCUUCCCGAGGGCUGCCGACUUAGGUUCUCGAAGUUCAUCAUUCUCGUUUUCUUCGACUAAUAGGCCUCUUUGGACAGGUUGCUAUACCCGAUUACCUCUUGUGGAGUUGCUCUGGAAAUUUAUUUAUGCUCUGGACUCCCAGCCUGGGGGAGUGGAACGACUAGGACCGAGUGCCUUCGAGGAAUGAUUUCAUCUCUUGGUGUGACAGAUCUUUUACGAGACUGGGCUGCCGGGGAAUUCCUUGUGACGUAUAUAGAAAGUUGAAUUGAAACCGAUUAGUGAAGCAGCUAGGGCCUGGAGGAGGGCCCUUCGUUCGAUCUAAGGACGACUAUGGUAGAACACGUUUAUUAUAUACCGUAAAAGUUUGAAUUCGUGAUCAGACACACAAGUAAAAUCUUGCGACAUCUGGUUCGAACUAGCAGAGCGGCAGGGAGGCAAGAGCACCAAGUGUGACGAUAUGGCUGAUUCAGAGGGGCAGGAUGCGGGUACUACAGUAUCGCGUCCUUCAGCUGGACGUCGAGAUCCUUACGAAGUUCUUGGUUUGUCGCGUGAUGCCUCAGAACAACAAAUUAAGAGCACUUACAGAAAGUUGGCUCUGAAGUAUCAUCCAGAUAAGAACACAGGCAACCCAGAGGCUGCUGAGAAGUUUAAGGAAGUUGCCUAUUCGUACGGCAUUCUCUCAGAUCCCGAGAAGCGAAGGCAAUAUGAUAAUGCUGGAUUUGACGCUGUUGAUUUGGAGGGAUUGGACAUGGAGCUAGACCUUUCCAAUCUUGGAACUGUGAAUACUAUGUUUGCUGCGCUGUUCAGCAAGUUGGGCGUUCCAAUCAAAACAACAAUCUCGGCAACUGUUCUGGAAGAGGCUCUCAAUGGUACUGUAACAAUAAGACCUCUUCCCCUGGGGCGAGCUGUGAAUGAUAAGGUUGAGAAACAAGGGGCACAUUUCUUUGGUAUAACGAUCUCUGAAGCGCAAGCAGAAGCAGGUGUUGUGAUACGGGUGGUGUCAUCUGUGCAAAGCAAGUUCAAAUUACUUUACUUUGAGCAAGAAGAAAAUGGUGGAUUAGGUUUGGCGCUGCAGGAAGAUAGUGUGAAGACUGGGAAGGUCACCUCUGCCGGCUUUUAUUUCUUACAUUUCCAAGUAUAUCGAUUAGACCCGACGGUCAACGCGCUCGCAAUAGCAAAAGAUCCAGAUGCAGCAUUUUUUAAGAGGUUGGAAGGCCUGCAACCCUGUGAAAUGUCGGAAUUAAAGGCGGGCACACACAUUUUCGCUGUAUACGGUGAUAACUUCUUUAAGAGUGCCAGCUACACAAUUGAGGCUAUUUGUGCCGAGUCAUGUUUGGAGACUGCAGUGAAGUUGAAGGAAGUUGAAGCUCAGAUAUUGUUGAAACGAAAUGAGCUUCGACAGUUUGAAACUGAAUAUCGGGAGGUUUUAGCUCGGUUCCAGGCUGUCACAAACAAGUACACUCAAGAAAAACAAGUGGUGGAAGAGUUGCUUAAAACACGUGAAAAGAUUCAAGAAUCCUUCACUUCUGUACCCUCAGCUCCUAAAAAAGUGAGCAGCAGCAACACGGCAAAGGGAUCUGGGGAAGAUUCACUUUUAAGUGCAGAUGAAAGCGAGUCACCUACUUCAGGAUUAAAUGCUGAGAAAUCAAAGAAGUCGAAUAAGUGGUUUAAUCUGAACUUCAAAACAAGUAUGGGUUCCACUGGUAAAUAAGGGGAUUUAAUAAAACUUUGUUUUUCAUUCCUGCAAGAUUUAUCAGCAAAUGUAGGAGUCUUUCUGUAGAGAGUGGUAACACAAAAAUAAUUAAAACGUUCAUGGAAAAAACGAAAUUAGUAAAUCACUUCACUUAGCCGUUUGGAAAGAGUUUUUUUAUUUGACCGCUCACGUCAUCAAAAGUUCACAGGUUAAAUACCAUUGUUGUAGAAUUUAGUUAUAACAGUCUCUUUUCUUUCAACAUCUGAGUUAGGAACGCCAGCAGCUAGAUCGGGCUGAAUGUAUAUGUUCCGACUUGUGGGUUGGCAAGAUACAGCUUAAGAGUGCUGAAUUUAUCACUGCAGUAGGUCCCAGUGUUUUGGGAGGAAUGUUAGUGUCGGCGUGUUAGAGAGCCUCACUAAGCUUUUUUCUAGACUUUUAUAAAAGUACUUUUUCAAGCAGCUAUACUGUAAACAUUACCAACUAUGUAGUUUCAUUCUUAUUGCUUGGUUAAAGAAGUGCACAAUUUUACCUGCUUCAA